AUGACCAACAAACACCCCCGCAAACCCUGCAUCUCGGCCUCCUCUCUCGGCCAAGUGCGCAAAAUCUACAUGUCAAAGAUGACCGAGCAGGGCUGUUCCCGCACCCUGAAGGACAAGUGUAGAGACAUAUGGGACAAAGUGAUCGAUGACGCUGUGGAGGCAGAUGCCGAAUGUUCCGGACCGAUGUGGUCAUAUGGGUAUGGAAAGGAACUGGAACCACUUUACAUUCCGGACAAACCAAACGGAGUCCAGAAGAAGGAAAACGGAAAACAGGCACACACUGAGGGAAGUACCGAGUCCGAGACGGAAAGUGAGGAGGAGAGCAAUUCCGAGACGGAGGUGGAAAUCGAUCCGAGUCUGGAUGGGAAGAUCAUAUUGUGUAACUUGGUCACUUAUUCACGAUACUCAUCCCCCAGCAUUAGCUGCAACCUCACCACCAUGUCUUCCCCAUCAAGAUCAUUUAGCCCCGAGGAUCUGGACUGCCUUGAUCGAGAUUUGGAGAGAAUAGUGAAAGGACUGCCUCAGGAUGUCGACGACUUCUUAUCUUCCCAGACUAGUCCAUUGUUGGAUCACAUGGACGAUAUUUCCGAUAAUCUGGAUCUGCAGGUAACCAAGCUCGAAAAACUGCGUGAUCAACUGGUCCAAAGAAUGGAACAACUUAAGGCUACCUUGAAGGCUUCAGGUUUCGAAGUUGAGGAGAAAGAGGCGUCACAAGGAGAGAAGAAGGAAAGUGAGCAGAAUCAGCAUCAGCAUCAUGCAGCGAAGAGUCCGAAACAUCGUUUAUCACCUCCUGCAAAGGUUAAGGUGCAGGAAAGUGAUGGUGAUGCGGACUCGGAGCGUGAAGUUGAGGCUGAAAAAGAGUAUUUUAACACUUUGUUCGGGUAG